CCCCACCUCAGCUGUAGCGAGGAGCCCAGCAGGCAGCCAGCAACCAGCGCGUCUCCGCCCACCAAUGGGCGUGCUCGGCUCGGGCUCUGCGCGCCGCUCAGUCUCAGCAGGGACCGCUGAGCGCAGGGGCGACUGCGACGGCCGCGCCAAGCAUCUUCCCAGUGAUGGCCUCUGCUGAGCAACCGCGCUCCAGCUUGCACCAGCGGCUCUGCACAUAAGGAACACACCCCCCCCCUCUCCCCCCCCCCAGCGCCCGAAAGUGGGAGAGAGAGAGAGACGCCACCAUGUACAGCGUGGAGGACCUCCUCAUUUCUCACGGAUAUAAGUUGCCCAGGAGCGGCCCCCCGUCCGCCACGCCUUACGACAAGCGCCCCGCCGACGGCCAGCGUGAACUCGGGGACAGCAGGGCCGGCCGAGGGACGCUCAACGGGUACGAGGCCGACCGGGGGCCGUCUAUCACGGGCAUCUACGGCAGCAGGCAGGCCCUGGUGAAGGGCUACCCCACGGUGGACAUCGAGGGCGGGGAAAGGAUCCUGAGGAGGAAGGAGCUCGGCAUCGGGAUCCUAGGUGACGCUCAGCCCUUGGGCGAUUCUCUGGCCACAGAUAGUGGGUUCUACGAUGUUCCCAGUUUGACUUAUUCAGAGUCGCUGAGCCAUGACGAGAGGGAUGUUUCCUACUGGCGGAGGCGAGGUCAGGACUUUAGCAUCCUCUUGGACUAUGCUGAUGGCAGGGAGCUGAGGGCCUCUGCUGGCGCAUGGAGGCCACAGGCCCUGAUUGCAGCAGAGGAACACAGAGCAGAGAGGCAAGCGCAGCAGCUAUGGGAAGAUAUUUCCUGGCUAAGGGACCUGGAUGCAGCCCCUGGUCAGCUAAGGGUGACUGGGGAGAGGAAGUGCCAGAGCCUCGGUACAGAGGAGUGGAGGCCUGCUGUGGGCCUGGGAAGGCAGCUGUCCGAUGGGGACGGGGACAGGUGGGCUCAGGACCAGUACCGCCUGAGGACGCCUGAGGGCUUUUUUCACCCAAGAACUAAAGCAAAGUCUCAGUCUCUCCCCAGAGUUUUGUCACCCGAUGGAACUGCCAGCAGAGAGCUUAUCCCCUCCAGGCCGAGCCUUCCCGAUAGACAGAGGAUAAGCAGCACGGUCUUCUCUGGACCCUACAGUAGGUAUAUCUAUAGCGGUGCUGUUGUCAGGGACCGGUGGGGUAGGAAUGCAGGGCCAAGCAGCCAUGUUGCACUUUUACCAAAGCCCAGGUUCAGCAGGCCUUUAAAGCCUCCGUCUUAUGAGAUUCACCAGCAGACUAGGGGUAGCGCAGAAAUGCUCGCUAUAGAGCAAGGUGCCAAACAAAAAGAAAGGCCAAUCUACUAUCCAAGGGGUGGGGAGCUGAGACAAGACUAUUUCGCACAACACUCCCUCACUGGAAUGGAGCCCCCGGGCUACAUCCCACCCCCAUCUUAUAGAAGAGGCCCACCCCCGAGAGCAGUUUCGAUGAACCGCAAUGAAAUGGCUAACCUAAGAUGGAGGGCGGAAUCUCUGCAGAUGCCUCACUCAGAUCCUGGAAGGUGGUUUUACAGGCAGGCAGGUUCGUGGCUGGAACAUUACGGAGACCGCGCCGCUUCCUACAGAAAAAUGUUACAUUCUGGACACGAAGAACAACCAGGGCAUGUCCGUCCAUUACCCUCCGAAGACCCAAGAGUGAAGCAAAUCUCAGGAGGGCCUAGCGGAACUUCUCUCACUGACUCAGACAAGAUCCGUAAUGUCAACAAAGACGUUCUGCCCACUAAGAUUUUAGGACAAUCUACACAUGAUAGUGCCUUUCCUCCCCAACAGGGGUCAGCUCUCAAUACCGACACCCGCAAAACAGCUCUCACUGACAACGACAGCAGCAGUCGAUGGUGCAACAGGGGAUUAAACAAAAAAAGUGAAAGCGUAGGGCCUGAACAAAACCGCAGUCAAUUUUUUCCUUCGUCUAUUCUGGGUAAACCCCCACCUCCCCCAUGCAAGCCGGCCGACCAGGGUGUUUCUGAAACUGUGACUGAAGUAAAAAAGGUGGAACAGUCUGAACCACCAGAGAAAGACAAAUCCAAGAAUCUGAAAAAGAGACUUAGCGAGACAAUUUUUUGUUUGGUGUCUGUACCUGUUACUCCAGUUACCACGGGAACAAUCCGGGAUCAGAACAACAACAACGAGAAGUCACCGGACCCGGCGGACAGUCCAAGUGACAACAAAACUGGCCAUUUGACAAACCAAAGUCUCCAAAGCACAUCUUCAGCUGAAGCUGAGCUGCAAGCACUUACUGGUAGCAUCGCGAGCAGCAAAACAAGCAGUCGAGCGAGCAGCAAAAUGUUUAAAAAAGUACCCUGUAGACCCCCUAAGAUAAACCAUUACAAGGAGAUGAAACUGUCGGGAACCUGGCCUGCAAACCAGUACAGAGACCAGGAGACACAAACUAGCCCAGAGGCCCAAAAACCUGACUCUGAAAACAAGGAAGCACAACAAGACCCUGUCCCCCCUGGCACUGAAGUCCCUCCUGAUAGCAGCGGUGUAGUGGGCACAGGCUUCAGCUUUCCUAUAAAGGGAGUGAAGAGCCUGAAACUGUCAAGCAACAGCGCCUUCUCCCUGACCGCCACCUUCUCCAACCAGCUGAACAAGAGCACAGCUCAGCAGCCAGCAGUACCACCCUCAGGAAAUGUGGAGGAGACCAAACCAGCAGCAAGUGGUGGGCAGGAGCCAUUUGAGCAGUUACUGCUGAAACCGGCCAGCCAGCGUCCAUGGGAUGCUGUGAAAGAGCUGGAGACCAUCAAAAAAGAGGUACAGGAUCAAGAGCAGCAGCAGCAGCAGCAGAGCAGCAAACAGCCCAGUGUUGACAAGUGCAUAGAGGACCUCAACGAGGCCUACAAAGACAUAUUGGAGCUAGGCACUGCCAGCAAUAAAGUCCCAAACGGUUCUGUUCAAAUCCCUGAGCGUAUCAAAAUCCGAUUGACAUCAGAACCUCUCAACAAACCCAGCAGCCUUAGGCGAAGCGCAGUCAGCUGGUCUGUUGACCCAGAAUACAGGGAAGUCAAGAGCGCCUUCUCCAGGCCCGCAACAAAGUCUGUGACCUUCAGCAAGCAACUUAGGGAGGAGCUUCCCGUCCCGCCGCGGGAGACAGGUUUCAGAGAAUACAGGGUUGUUACACAUCUUUCGCGCAGACGGAGCAACGACGGCAGGACAGUGAAACUUGACCUGCCAGACGAGCCUAUCGAGACACCACUUUGCGACUUCAGUCCGACAACCAGCACCGCGGCAGCCGAGGUGCCGUGGGCAGAUAGACAGCCCAUGCAGGAUGCCUCUACGCUCACCAGUCCUCCUGAUUAUGAGGACAUAUGCCAGACUUUGCGUCACCCCAGAGACACAGCGGAUGGCAGCAAAGCGCCCGCAGUCAAUAUCAGACCCAACGAUGCCGAGACGCCUCAAGAUCUCAGCGCUGAAUCGGAGGAGGAUUGCCCUAUUUGUAAAAGAGAGCUGGAGAACCAGAUGAGACAGGGCCCGUUGCCUCCACUUCACGAGGAGAACAGCUCGGACAGCUCGACCAAUCAAAAUGGCAGUCCACCGCGACGUGCUGCUUUGGAAAGUCCGCCAGGAGAUAAAGCAGCAGAGGACCUGAAGGACUCGAGUUUCAAUCAGUCAGGGUCCGGGCAGUGCGCUGAAAAAAGGGAGCAGCAUUCAACGACACAGGAAAAUGUGGGAGGGGGUGAGAAAACAACGGACAAUGCUCAGGCAGAAAACGCAGUUACUCCCGCUGGGAGCAUCCCUGCGAAUGGAACCACGCAGGAGAACCCGUCCACAACAUUAGCAACGGAUGAGCCACCAGACCCCCGAGUCACAGCGGAACAGAGUGCCGGUGAGACAGCAACUAAGGAAGAAGAGUUGGGAGAGAAGGAAGCCAUUGCAGGAGAAACAGCUGCGGGCAAACAGGCAGCUGAAGUGAGAAGUAAGUGUGAGGGACUAGACGGAUCGAUGCCUGAUGACAAGCAGGAGCAAGAGAAGAAGCCAUUUGCUGCUCCAGAGCAUAGACUAGGCCCACGGGCUCAUCUGGGGCGAGACCACCCGGGUCUACCGGAGUUUCCGCCAGACAGACUGCCACUUUCAGUUCCCCCAAACCUGGACCGCAGACUGUCUCUUAGUUUAGAAGGGGAGAGGAGGAGCAAGGGCCCCGCCCAGCGAAUGGAGGCGUUGCAGACCAAGCUGGCCAUUUCGCCGGGUCGCGUGGCAGUGGAGCGCCUGGCCCGGAUGAGGGAGGUGGACGUCAUGUAUCGCGUGAGGCGCCUCAGCAUCAGGAGUACCGACUCUGGGGAGGGGGAGGCGGAGGGGGAGGGGGAGGGCAAGGACAAACAAGAGGAGAAGCCUCACCCAGCUCCUCAGGGGGACAAGGAGAACGAUCAAGAUCGGGAGGUCACCCAUUCACGGCAGGUCUCUGAGGAGACAGUGUUGCAAGACGAGGAGGAGUCAUCUCUUUCAGAAGCCCAUGAUCCCAGCCGAGUGGAGACAGCGUAGAAAGACUGCGUCCAACAUCUCCAUCUGAGGUUUUUAGCUCCAACACUGUGACCUGGCUGCCUACUAGAAUGCCUUCAUCUCAUCUUGACACUGAAAUGGCCUUCUUGUCCGACAAGAGCAUUGUGUACACCCUCACCCUCGGCGCUGCGUUGACUACUUAGAGUGCUGUUCCACUGCCAAAGGGAGGUGCCCCUUUAACUCGUGGGGCGACUUCCACUUCGAUAUCCCUCCCCGGGCCUUUCCCAAACUGACCUCCCACGACCCCCCCCCCCUCCGUCCUCCAC